GCCCUGCGAGGGAGCAACCCUUCAGACCGGAGGACACUGAGAUUAUAGCGGAAUUUCUCUGUAAAAGAAAUCCAGCAGCUUGAAGAUGUCUGAGCAGAUGGAGGAGAAGAUCAAGAACUACAGGACAGCUCCAUUCGACGCCCGCUUCCCCAACACCAACCAGACCCGCAACUGUUUCCAGAACUAUCUGGAUUUCCACAGAUGUAACAAAGCUCUGUCCGCCAAAGACCAGGACACGGCUCCCUGUGAUUGGUACAAGAGGGUCUACAAGAGCCUCUGCCCUAUGAGCUGGGUUCAGAAAUGGGAUGACCAGCUGGAGUCGGGAACUUUUGCUGGAAAGAUCUGAACUGACACAUUCUUCUAUCAUCAUCUUAGUAUCUUAAUGUGAAGCAUCUACUCUCUCUGUACAGAAGCAACUAAAUAAAUUAUUUAAUGUUACUGUGAACCUUGACACUUUUAUAUUUGAUUUUGAGUCAGUGCUCAAAUUACCCUGGACAUUAAACAUAGACAUGAUCAGACGAUAAGAAAACUAGAAGGGCAGUCGGAGAGUGCAGAUCUCUGCAACGGCCAAAUGCCCUAUCUGGCAAUG